CCCUUUAAUCCCCAACAAGCGGCGGCAGUAGCAGCAGCGAUCGUACAGUACAUAUAAAAAUAUCCUGCUCCUGCAUCAUGGUUUUUCAAACUAGGCUCCCUUCUUGGAUUAUUGUAUGCUCCAUCUGGCUGUUUCGCUUUGCACACACGGGGGAGGCACAGGCUGCAAAAGAAGUAAUAUUGCUGGACUCUAAAGCACAACAGACAGAGUUGGAGUGGAUUUCCUUUCCUCCCAAUGGGUGGGAAGAAAUUAGUGGACUGGAUGAAAAUUACACUCCUAUACGAACAUACCAGGUAUGCCAGGUCAUGGAACCUAACCAAAAUAACUGGCUUCGGACUAAUUGGAUUGCAAAAGGCAAUGCACAAAGGAUUUUUGUAGAACUGAAAUUCACUCUGAGGGAUUGUAACAGUCUUCCUGGAGUACUGGGGACAUGUAAAGAAACUUUUAACUUAUAUUAUUAUGAAACAGACUACGACACUGGCCGGAAUAUCCGAGAAAAUCAGUAUGUAAAAAUAGACACCAUUGCAGCAGAUGAAAGUUUUACCCAAGGUGACCUUGGGGAGAGAAAAAUGAAACUUAACACAGAGGUGAGAGAGAUUGGACCUUUGUCCAAGAAAGGAUUUUAUCUUGCAUUUCAAGAUGUAGGUGCCUGCAUUGCUUUGGUUUCUGUCAAAGUCUACUACAAGAAAUGCUGGUCUAUUAUUGAGAACUUAGCUGUUUUUCCAGAUACAGUGACUGGCUCAGAGUUUUCCUCUCUAGUUGAGGUACGAGGAACUUGUGUCAGCAGCGCAGAAGAGGAGGCUGAUAACUCUCCUAGGAUGCAUUGUAGUGCAGAAGGAGAAUGGUUAGUGCCUAUUGGAAAGUGUAUCUGCAAAGCUGGGUACCAGCAAAAAGGAGACACUUGUGAACCAUGUGGCCGAGGAUUCUACAAAUCAUCUUCUCAAGAUCUACAGUGCUCUCGUUGUCCUACUCACAGUUUCUCUGACAAGGAAGGAUCUUCCCGAUGUGAUUGUGAUGAUAGCUAUUAUAGAGCGCCUUCUGAUCCACCAUAUGUUGCAUGCACAAGACCUCCAUCUGCACCACAGAAUCUCAUCUUCAAUAUCAACCAGACUACCGUGAGUUUGGAAUGGAGUCCUCCUGCCGACAAUGGGGGAAGAAAUGAUGUGACCUAUCGAAUUUUGUGCAAAAGGUGCAGCUGGGAGCAGGGUGAAUGUGUUCCCUGUGGGAGUAACAUUGGAUAUAUGCCCCAGCAAACUGGAUUAGUAGAUAACUACGUCACUGUCCUGGACCUGCUGGCUCAUGCUAAUUACACUUUUGAAGUGGAAGCUGUAAAUGGAGUAUCUGACUUGAGCCGUUCCCAGAGGCUCUUUGCAGCUGUCAGUAUUACCACUGGUCAAGCAGGAUGUAAUGAGCCACUGGGGAUGCAGGGAUGGAGCAGUCCAGCUCCCUCGCAAGUUAGCGAAGUAAUGAAAGAGAGAGUGCUGCAGAGGAGCGUGGAGCUUUCCUGGCAGGAACCAGAACAUCCUAAUGGAGUCAUCACUGAAUAUGAAAUCAAGUAUUACGAGAAAGAUCAAAGGGAGAGGACUUAUUCAACAGUAAAAACCAAGUCCACUUCAGCUUCCAUUAAUAAUUUGAAACCAGGAACAGUGUAUGUUUUCCAGAUUCGUGCUUUUACUGCUGCUGGUUAUGGAAAUUAUAGUCCCAGACUAGAUGUUGCCACACUAGAGGAAGCCACAGCCACAGCCGUUUCCAGUGAGCAGAAUCCUGUCAUUAUCAUAGCUGUGGUUGCUGUGGCAGGCACCAUCAUUCUGGUCUUCAUGGUGUUCGGAUUCAUCAUUGGACGAAGGCACUGUGGCUAUAGCAAAGCUGAUCAAGAAGGGGAUGAAGAACUUUACUUUCAUUUUAAAUUUCCAGGCACCAAAACCUACAUUGACCCUGAAACCUACGAGGACCCAAAUAGAGCUGUCCAUCAAUUCGCCAAGGAGCUAGAUGCCUCUUGUAUUAAAAUUGAGCGUGUGAUUGGUGCAGGAGAGUUUGGUGAAGUGUGCAGUGGGCGUCUGAAACUUCCAGGCAAGCGAGAUGUUUCAGUAGCCAUCAAAACCCUGAAAGUUGGCUAUACAGAAAAACAAAGGAGAGAUUUCCUGUGUGAAGCAAGCAUCAUGGGACAAUUUGACCAUCCCAAUGUUGUUCAUUUAGAAGGGGUAGUUACCAGAGGGAAACCAGUCAUGAUUGUAAUAGAAUACAUGGAGAAUGGGGCCCUAGAUGCAUUUCUUAGGAAACAUGAUGGGCAAUUUACAGUCAUUCAGCUAGUGGGAAUGUUGAGAGGAAUUGCUGCCGGAAUGAGAUAUUUGGCUGAUAUGGGAUAUGUACACAGGGACCUAGCAGCACGCAAUAUUCUUGUCAACAGCAACCUUGUUUGUAAAGUGUCAGACUUUGGCCUGUCCAGAGUUAUAGAAGAUGAUCCAGAAGCUGUCUACACCACUACAGGUGGGAAAAUUCCAGUACGAUGGACAGCUCCAGAAGCCAUCCAGUAUCGUAAAUUUACAUCAGCAAGUGACGUAUGGAGCUAUGGAAUAGUUAUGUGGGAAGUAAUGUCUUACGGAGAGCGGCCUUACUGGGACAUGUCAAAUCAAGAUGUUAUAAAAGCAAUUGAAGAAGGCUAUCGUUUGCCAGCACCCAUGGAUUGCCCAGCAGGCCUUCAUCAGCUCAUGCUGGACUGUUGGCAAAAGGAACGUGGUGAAAGGCCAAAGUUUGAGCAGAUAGUUGGUAUUUUGGACAAAAUGAUUCGGAACCCAAACAGUUUGAAAACCCCUCUUGGAACCUGCAGCAGACCAAUCAGCCCACUUCUGGACCAGAACACUCCUGAUUUCACCACGUUCUGCUCUGUAGGAGAAUGGUUACAAGCUAUUAAGAUGGAAAGAUAUAAGGAUAACUUCACAGCAGCAGGCUACAACUCUCUUGAAUCAGUAGCCAGGAUGACUAUUGAUGAUGUGAUGAGUUUAGGAAUCACGUUGGUUGGUCAUCAAAAGAAAAUUAUGAGCAGCAUUCAGACUAUGAGAGCACAAAUGCUACAUUUACAUGGCACUGGCAUCCAAGUGUGAUAGACAUUUCUCCCUUAUGAGGGAGGUGACAGACUGAGAGAACAACACUGGCCUUCACUAUAUAUGAAGUGCUGCUAGAAGACACUUGAUCUCCUGGGUCCUUCCUGCAGUGAAGAGAAGAUCUACAAGAAGCACCUACAGACUUGAACUCCUAAGUGCCACCAGAGGUUACUAAAAGGGAAUUGGGAUCCACCACUGAUGGCAAGGAAAACAGCAGUGACAAUAAACAAAGUACUACCUGAAACACAUACAAACACCUUGAGCUCUCUAACCUCCUUUUUAUCUAAUAGACUUUUUAAAAUGUACAUAAAGAAUUUAAAAAAGAAUAUAUUUGUCAGAUAAAAUCAUGAUAUUAUUGUUAAAUUCAGCAAAAUAUUUUCCUUAAAUCUUGAUUUAAGAAUCUUUUUUUAAUCAUUUGUGUUUAUUCUUCAUAAAGACCUUCUUUUAGUAUGAUGUUUAUAUCUCUGGACCUUUCUAGGGCUAAUUCUAUGACACAUUACUACACUGGGUACCUCUGAAAGGUUACUAGAAGUUUUAGAAAUGUAAGAAGCAUGACUGAGCAACAUAUAUCCGUCCAAACAUUGGUAUCCUUUUUUGUGCCAUUUUAUUCUGUUAAAUCAACAGUGUAUUGACAUGGUUUGCUAACUGGCAGGGAGUCAAGAAAAUGCAAGUUGCUAAGAGCUCUGAUAUUUUUUAAAGAAUUUUUUAAAGUUAAACAUAUAUUAUCUUUUAAAGGAAAAAAGGAAAAAAAAGCAAUAAUGACCCCUAAGUAGUCCUAGGCACUUUUAACAAAUUGUUUGCAAGAUGAUUUUAGUGGACUAGAUUUAAGGUGAGAUUUUCUAAGGAGUAGAUCCAUAACUGUAAACCUACUGAGGUAUUUUAUGGAGUGCCUCAGAAGUCAGGUGCAGUUCUCCAGUGUUACCUAACUAUUUUAAUCUGAGCACAUCACAUUUUUUUUCAAUGCUCUGCAUUAGCAAAUCUGAGAGAAAUGGCUGGCAUAUAUUUUAUAUGCAUUUCAGUUGAGUGCAGUCCAGCUGUGAGAAUAAGGAUUUUCCUUUUAUAUUAGAACUGUAGAGCAGGAGGCAAGGGGCAGUUCAGAAUUUUCACAUUUUUUUACUAGCUUUUAUUGCUCUCAACACAAACACUGUACACACACACAUUCAUUUGGGAACUCGAGAGCAAAAGUACUUCCUCAAUUAAAAACUUUUACGCCAUUUUUAUUUAUAUAUGUACCUUAUUUUACUAAAACAUUAAACUACCAGAAGCAAUAAGGAAGUCUGGCUACAGAUAUUGCAGGAAUGUAUACACAUCAGAGAGAGAUGCUUUCAGAAAUUAUGAAAAUCGUGAACUACCCCUUCAGUGAAAUGCUGAACUUCCAAAGAGAAUUGGGCUGCUUCUGUUGAUUUUGAUAGAGAACGAUCCCAGGGAUCAGUCAUAAUUGGUCUUGUUUGAUAACGUGGGCAUCCACAAAAAAACUGUAAAUCUUCCUUUGUAAAACUUGUAAAUUUAAUUUAUACUGUCUUGUUUUGUACACACAUUUCUGUGUAGUGAGCUCUGAAUACAUUGAAAAUGCACUAUAUUUUUCUAUUUUACUUGCAGAGCAUCACAAAAAACAUGUAUUUUCAGUGCUACAUAAUGUGUUUUCCCACAUUUAGGACCAAAGACAGCUACAGAAAACUCAAAUGGAUCAUUCCUCUCUCUCCCCACACCCUUUUUUUAUUCCUGUGCAGUGUUACAUUUUCCAUUUUAUUUAUUUGUUUGGUUAGAAAAAUCAGUUUGAUUAUACCAAUUUUUUUCUCCCUCUGCCUUUGUUGAAGAAAAUCUGUAAAAAGCUUUUAAUUAGCAUAAUCCCGUUACAUAGACACUUCCAUUUGUAAUCUUUGUAAUAGACUGUAAAUAUAUUUUUGGAACUAUAACACAACGUUCACAAGGAUUAUUUUUCAGCGUCCAUAUAUGAUCGUUUAUGCAUUUCACACCACUGUGGAGUCAUGUUCAGAAGCAUACUUUAUGGCCUCGUUUGGCCAUAAGAAAGAAUGGCGAAAAUUCUUAUUUCCUAUUAGAUUAUCAACUCAGAAGAAA